AUCUGGCGGCAGCAAUCAUAUCGAUUUCGGACCUAAUCCGAGAUAAAAAAUUAAAUAAAUUGCUUAACCGACAUUUCAUCAAUCUAUCGUGUUUGAACAAUGGAUCUUGACACAGAUACCGAAUCUCCGAUGCUUCAUCCGGCGCCAACCUCCACCCGGAAGCUCAAGCAGUACUGUGCUGCCAUUUCCGUCUCUCUGGGGGCCCUAUGUGCCGGCACCUGCCUGGCGUGGUCGUCCCCAGCCCUGGCCCAGCUCUCCGUCACCGCCAACUCCACCGAGAGCUUCCACCUGACGGACUCGCAGGGGGCCGCAGUCGGGGGGAUGAUCGCCAUCGGGGCCCUGAUUUCGGCCAUUCCGGCCGGUUUCCUGGCCGAUAAAUUCGGCCGAAAGAACGUCAUUUUCGCGCUUUCGCUCACUUUCCUCCUCAACUGGAUUCUGAUCAUUUUCGCCCAAAACGUGACCACGCUGAUAAUCGGGCGAAUUUUCGCCGGGAUUGGGACGGGGGCCAUUUGUGUCGUGGGCCCCAUCUACAUCGGGGAAAUUGCGGAGAAGUCGACGCGUGGGGUCCUGGGGGCCCUCAUCAACAUGUUCCUCUGCUCCGGGAUUUUGCUAACUUGUGUCUUCGGCUCCUUCACCACCUGGAGGGUUCUGUCUAUGAUUUUGGGGACGGUCCCGGUGAUCUUCGGCGGGAGUUUUCUCUUCAUGCCCGAAACUCCGGUCUAUCUGGUGAAGGCCAAGAAUUUGGAAAAGGCCGAGAAGACUUUGAUCGAGUUCAGGCGAAGCAACCACGACAUUAACACCGAACUGAAGGAAAUCCAAAGAGAAGUGGAGGCUUCCCAGCAAAACGCCGCCAGUAUCAGAGACGUGUUUACGUCGAAAGCCAACAGGAGGGCCUUCAUGUCCGUGGUGGCGGUCCUGGCGUUCCAGCAACUCUGCGGAGUCAACGCUGUUGUCUUCUACACCGUGCCGAUUUUCCAAGCCGCUGGCAGCUCACUGCGCCCGGACUUGGUCGGGAUUAUCAUCGGCCUGGUCCAGGUGCUCUCAGCUUACGUUUCUCUGCUAGUGAUCGAAAAGGCCAACCGGAAGUUCUACCUGAUGCUCUCCUCCGUCGGAAUGCUGCUCUUCCUCACGGCCCUGGGCAUGUAUUUCCACCUCAAGAGCCUCAACGUGGACAUCAGCCACCUCAGUUUCCUGCCCAUCGGGAGCGCUGUUAUGUUCAUGGUCUCGUUUUCGUUCGGUUACGGCCCCAUUCCGUGGCUGCUCAUGGGCGAGCUGUUCGCCCCCGAGAUUAAGGGUGUGGGGAAUGGGUUUGCCAUUGCGACGAAUUGGUCGUGUGCGUUCUUGGUGACCUAUUUUUUCCCGAUUAUUAAGAGCGGGCUCGGGGCGCAUGUAGCGUUUUAUAUCUGUGCAGGAAUCAAUGCACUUGCGACGGUCUAUGUCGGGUUUGUUGUGCCGGAAACGAGAGGCAAGACGCUGCUAGAUAUCCAACAAAUUUUGAACAAAUAAGCUAAGAUUUAUUGUGUAUUAUAUUUAUUUAUGACAAGGUCUCACUAGGGUAAGUUUUUGUAUAAAGGCUGUGUAAAAUGGUACUUAAAUAAAUUAUUUUUUAUAUUAAAA